GAAAAAUAGAAGGGCUUAGAAAUCGGCCACCCUUCUGGCACUGGGUGAAUUCAGUUGAGCAUUGGCAGAUUUAUUAGCAGCUGAAGGAGCUAAAUUUAAGAUCUCUAUCCUGAUCGUGGCGGAUCAGUGCUCAGUUCCCAAAAAAAGAAAAAGCAUCACAAAGUCUGGCUUCACGGUGAGAAACCUGCAAGGGGAGAGUCAUACCUGCAGUGGGACCAGCACCUCCAUCUACUGCAAGGCUUCCUCUGAGGAUGAUUGCAUGGCCACUGUCUACAGCAGAGAGCAACGAGCUCAUCGAGAUCCUGAAACUCCCAAGACAAGAAAGCUGUUAUCAGGAAGGAACUGACUCAUUGGCCGGGAUGCUGAUGGAUGAGUGGAAAGGAACAAAAUGAGCCACGCACAGCAGGGUAAGCUCAGAGAUUUCAGCUGCCCAUGCAGGAUGGGUUUGAAACACCUCUGCAAUGGAAGAUCUCUUUGGCCAAGUCAUCGCAGAGCAUAGCAGUCACAGAUUUUGGCUACAAGGAACCUCUGGAGCAGCCAAGAGACCUUUGCCACUUUACACACCACGUUACAUACUCUUAGAGCAAUCCAGGUUUCCAGUUUCCAGGAAUAAAGAUAUAAACCACUCAGAGAGACUGCCCAGGAAAUUGUUGAGAGACACAGCAAAACUCAGGUAACAGCCAGGCUGCUGUCACCCCUUAUCCCCAAAUUCUGUGUGCUAUGAAUGGCUGUGUAAUGAGCCCACAUUUUUUCUUAAAGAUACUCCCUCAGUCAAAUCUGGUUUUGGAUUAUCUCCAAAAUGCUGUAGUUUAGAUUCAGUGUUGCAGCUGACCAGGGUUUCUACCUGGGACCAAUGAAUACUGACAGCUUAGGGCACAGCUGUCCACAUCAAGCCAACAUGUUGACCAGCCGUAUACCAUCGUCCAAUGUAAAAGUACAAAGAAAGCUUUUCUGCUUCUCUUUCUGGCAGCAGCAUGGGCUAUCUAAUCUGAAGCCAUAAGUGAGAGCAGCAAAUUUGGUAAAAGGCACAAGGUUUGAGAUGGGACAGGGAGAUCACUCCCCAAUCACCAUCACGGGCAGAACAUACUCUGUGCUGGGAGAAUAAUAUGAAUUAUUGCUUAUUGUAACUAGAGCAGUGUGAGUUAAAAGCAAACUUAAACCGCUUUCCCCUGUGGCUCUGCUUGCAGAGGGCACCCUGCAGCCCCACCUGCUACCAAAACCUUGACACUUGAACCCAACCCAAAUGGCAAAGGGUGGCAAAGUGCAUCCCAGAAGAAUCCAGCAUAUCAUUUUAGUGGGGGAUCAUGCUGGUUGAAGUGCUUGUUUUAUCACAUCAAAUUAGGUGUUUAGUGCUCAUACAGUUUAAACAUUAAUAUUGCAAUAUUUAAGUGACAUGCUCCACAGUAGCCUGGCCACAGAGGUAGUCACCAUGGUUGAGUUUGGGGAUUUGAUAAGUGCUGUGGGGGAGUUUGGCCUCUAUCAGAAACUGGUGGUGCUGUGGAUCUCCCUCCCACUGCUUCUUAAUCCUUUCCAAAUGGUUGGCCAAGUGUUCAUGGUUGUGGACGUGACUCAUUACUGCAACACGGACUGGAUCCGUGCCGUUGGCCCCAACCUGACUGAGGAAGAGCAGCUGAACCUCACCCUGCCCCGGGAUGCAAAUGGGGACUACGAGCAGUGCAUCAUGUACAAACCUGUGGAGUGGGACCUCAACACCAUCGUGGAAUACGGCCUGAAUGACACGCAGAAGUGCAGCAAUGGCUGGGUGUACCCCACAGCACAGCAGCCAUCCCUGCUCACCGAGUUUGACCUUGUGUGUGACAGGAAGGACCUGAGUGACAUCUCCCAGUCUAUCUACAUGGUGGGGCUUCUCAUAGGAUCUAUCAUCUUUGGACCACUCAGUGACAGGAUCGGCCGCCGGCCAGUCCUUCUGAUCUCCCUUCUCGGCCAGACUUUAUUCGGUGUAGCAAUUGCCUUUUUGCCCAAUUUCACCCUAUACAUUGUCUUCAGAUGUAUCAUGGCGACUGCUGUGUCAGGAAUUCUGAUUACUACCUUGCCCUUAGCUACAGAAUGGGUUGGUGUCUCCUAUCGACCAAUAGCAGUGCUUGUUUCUCACAGCUUUUUAGCCGCUGGAGCAAUGGUUUUGGCUGGCUUGAGUUACGGUAUUCGUAACUGGAGGUUGCUGCAAAUAGCAGGGUCUGCUCCUGUGUUUGUCCUUUUCUUCUACUACUGGGUGCUACCAGAGUCAGCUCGCUGGCUGGUGACAAAAGGCAAAAUAGAAGAAGCUAAGAAGUACCUUAAGAAGGCAGCAUCCAUCAACAAACGCACCAUUCCUCCAGAAAUGCUGGACCAGCUGAAGGGUGAGACCCAGACCAAGUCUGGAAGCAUUCUGGAUCUCCUUCGGAAGAAGCACCUCCUGAAGGUGACUUUAGUCAUGAUGUGUGCCUGGUUUAUGGGUAGUCUAGUCUACUAUGGACUGAGCCUUAAUGUGACAGGCUUUGGCCUCGACAUUUAUCUGACACAACUUGCUUUUGGAGUAGUGGAAUUGCCCGCUCGUAUUUGCUGCAUUUACCUGCUACAGUGGUUUGGGAGGAAAAAAGUCCAAGCUGUUCUCCUGCUGUUGGCUGGCUUGAUGUGUCUCAUCAUUGUUGGCAUCCCUGAAGACCAGGCCGUGGCAAUCACCGUCCUGGCAGUCAUCGGCAAGUUUGCUGCGUGUGCCUCCUUCUCCACCUCCUAUGUCUACUCUGCAGAGCUCUUCCCCACCGUCAUCAGGCAGAGCGGCGUGGGGCUGUGCUCAAUGGCGGCACGCGUGGCAGGGAUCAUCGCCCCGCUGAUCCUCAUCCUGGAGCAGUACCACAGUGCCAUCCCCAUGGCUGUCUACGGCAGUGCCACCGUGCUGGGGGGGCUGCUCUGCUUCCUGCUGCCCGAGACUCGCGGGGUUGAACUGCCAGAUGACACGGUGACAGAUAUCCACCAAAAGAAAAGCAAAUUGCAGACCCUGUCCAAGACAAACAGUGAAGAGAAAGAAAUAAACUUGGAGAAAGAUAUCUAAAGAUGCUUGGAAAGCAAGGGAUGAACAGACAAGCAGAUACUAAAGGUCUACUCUCACAGAAUCUGAUUUUAAAGAAGAAAAAUGAGGCACUGCUGUCUGGAAACUGGUCUUGUAGAUGAUCAACAAACUCACCACUCACAUUCAGAGGGAGAGGAGAUCUGUGUCACUGCGUUUGGAAAAGUCGCGCGUGGGACUGUUCUUGAGAGCCAGUCUGCUGUGCCUGGCUGUGUGAGUCCUCCCUGACGUGUUUCCAGUCCCUUGCAAACUGGUACCCGUGGAACCAUCCCUGUUGUGACUUACAGCAAUCAAGAACUGCCAGCAGAGCGGCAUUACUGGGCAGGCGAGCGCCGGGCUGCGUCCCUCCUGCACUGAGCGCUGGGGCCGUCAGCCUUGGUGGCGGUCCGAGCCUCCGUGUCUGAUCAGGAUGUCACCACAACCCUGUCACACGUACUUAGGUCUUCUUUCUAUGUGGAGUUGAAUUGGAAUUUCUACAGGAAUAACAUAAAUUAUACUUGGAGUUCGAUAAGAGAUGCUUGUAAUGCAAUACGUGAAGAAUAAAUGGUGUUGAUUUCUUCUUUUCU